CUCCCCUGCGGGCUGCCAUCGCUAUCGCGGCAUCCUCCCUUGGCUCGAGCGGCAGGGCCAACUCUUCCCUGCCUCUCUGCGGAAGAGAGCACAGCUCAAAGCGGAGAAAUCUACAGGAGAAGCUGGAAAAAGCUGCCGAACAGAGUACUUUGGGGAGGUCGCGACGCCAAGGCAACCCCCGCCCCUGAGUUGCUCGCAAGAGCGCCUCGGUAGCGGUCAUGGCCGCCGGCCCAUGUGACGUCGGCUUGGCGCUGGCCUGGUUUCCUGUCGCUUUAGUUCAGUAGUCUCAGUUCUCCGAAACUCCCUCCUUUUCUCGCUUGCGGACCCCGAUAUUGCCUUUCUUCCCUCAGGAGGACUUCUGUACAGACUCUGAGAAAUCUGAAAACAUCUGGAGAAAAUGACCCAUUGGUUUCAUAGGAACCCAUUAAAAGCCACAGCUCCUGUCUCUUUUAAUUACUAUGGUGUAGUCACUGGUCCUUCAGCUUCAAAAAUUUGCAAUGACUUGAGAUCAUCCAGGGCACGACUUCUUGAACUGUUCACUGAUUUGAGCUGUAAUCCAGAAAUGAUGAAGAAUGCAGCAGAUACAUAUUUUUCACUUUUACAAGGUUUCAUAAAUUCAUUGGAUGAAUCUACCCAAGAAAGCAAGUUAAGAUAUAUUCAAAAUUUCAAGUGGACUGACACGUUACAAGGACAGGUUCCAAGUGCCCAGCAGGAUGCUGUUUUUGAAUUAAUUUCCAUGGGAUUUAAUGUAGCUUUAUGGUAUACCAAAUAUGCUUCAAGAUUGGCUGGAAAAGAAAACAUAACAGAAGAUGAAGCAAAAGAAGUCUAUCGAAGCCUAAAAAUUGCAGCUGGGAUCUUUAAACAUUUAAAGGAAAGUCAUCUCCCAAAACUUAUUACACCUGCAGAAAAAGGAAGGGAUUUAGACUCACGACUCGUAGAAGCAUAUAUUAUUCAAUGUCAGGCUGAAGCUCAAGAAGUAACAAUUGCUCGAGCAAUUGAACUAAAACAUGCACCUGGACUAAUUGCUGCACUGGCAUAUGAAACAGCCAAUUUCUAUCAAAAAGCUGAUCAUACUUUAUCCAGUUUGGAGCCUGCAUAUUCUGCCAAAUGGAGAAAAUAUCUUCACUUGAAAAUGUGUUUCUAUACAGCUUAUGCUUACUGUUACCAUGGUCAGACUUUAUUGGCUAGUGAUAAAUGUGGUGAAGCAAUCAGGUCUCUCCAAGAAGCAGAAAAAUUUUAUGCAAAUGCAGAAGCACUAUGUAAAGAAUAUGGAGAAACCAAAGGACCUGGACCAACAGUCAAACCUUCAGGACAUUUGUUCUUUAGGAAACUUGGAAACCUUGUGAAGACUACCCUAGAAAAAUGUCAGAGAGAAAAUGGAUUUAUUUACUUUCAAAAAAUUCCAACAGAAGCCCCACAACUGGAACUCAAGGCAAAUUAUGGUCUUGUAGAGCCUGUACCUUUUGAAUUUCCUCCAAUAAGUACUCAUUGGACACCAGAAACAUUGGCUGCAUUUGAUCUCACCAAGAGACCCAAGGAUGACAGUACGAAACCCAAACCAGAAGAAGAAGUAAAACCUGUGAAAGAACCAGAUAUCAAACCGCAAAAGGACACUGGGUGCUAUAUCUCCUAAGAAAAAUAUUCCCAAAAUACAUAUGUACUUAGAAUCUCUCUAUCAGUAGAUAAGAUAAAUGAUGGGAUUUCAGUUCAUAUUUUUUGAAAUAACUUCUCUGAAACCCAUAGAAUAAAUACUACAUUCAGAGGGAAUCUGCCUUUAUUUUAUUUGGUCUUGAUUUUUAAUAUAGAGGAGAUGUUUUAUGGUUUGUUUUCAGACUCUCCUUUUUAAUCAGGACAACAUUUGAAAGAUUUUAUUGUGUCUGUCAAGGGCAUAUUUGGGGAUUGGGUCUUUUGUUGAACUCUGGAUAGUAAAAAGUUUCAGGUUAACAUACUAUACACCUGAAUUGUGAUUUCAGGUAUGAUUUUUGUCUAUCUUCACAAAAAAAUGUAUUUUCCUUUCUCUUAUUUGAUAUCAGAAGAAUGACAGGAGUAAGUUUUUAACAGAGACAGUGUUUCCUCUCACCAUUGUUUUAAUUAGAGCACAGACUUACGUUCCGAGUCAGUUUUCUUUUUUGGUGGAGAAAAAAGUCACAGUUAAAGAUCAGAAAAUCUUCAUACUAAGUUCUUUACAUUUACUAGAAUCUGUAAUUUACUUGAGAAAUCAGUGUUUAUAGGUAUGUUGAGAACUUUAUAAACUUAUCCCUAUUCUAGUAACUCUCUGCUUCGUUCAUUCUUGGUAACCCUACAGUGAUUUUUAGAAAUACCUUUUCUAAUGGGUUUUUUACUGAGAAGACAGAACUUUGUAGCAGCUCUUAAUGUUUCUAUGUAAGAGAAGACAGUAAAAAUGGAAAAUGUUUUUUGAAGAAGUCAGAUAUUGCAUGAUGUAAAGAAAACACUUUAAACUUAAAUGAGAGGUUGUCCUGAAUUACACUGGGUAACUCUACUUCUUUGUUAAAGAAGCUUUAGUGAUAUGCCUUUGUUACCUGAUUUCAGUGUACAUUGUUUUUGUAUGGUUUCCUAAUAGGUCUUGUCAGAACUGAAUUGCUUUAGGCCAAGGGCUAUAGCAAAAUCAUAGAGAACAAAUGUAGAUAACAGUAUGAUCUUAAGAAAUAGAUUGUAAUAUUUGAAACAAUUAGUGUAUAUACAGACUUGGGAACUAGUGGAUGCAUAAUACUUUAACAAAAGUCAUACAUCUGUAUGUUUAUCUUCUUUUGGUUAUUCUCCUUGGACAUCAGAUAAUCUUUCAAUUAUAAGUGACAGAUUGAUUCACUUAAUAGAAAUAAUAUAAAUGGAUUAUGCUAAAAGCUUACUAUGUGCCAAGUAGUGUGCUGGGCACUUAUAUACAUAGACUAUUGAAUCUGCACAGCAACCCUGUGAGAAAUAAAAUCUGCCGAAUAGGAAUAUACAUUUCAUUAUGAGUAAGAAAUAUUAUGCCUAUCUGAAUCAUUAUUGUGUUCAAAUAAAUUAUUACUGAAAUCAUAUAGUUUACACUCCUUAAAGUUACAUAAAAUCAAUGAUGUUUUUUAAUAUAUGGAAAUGUUAAUUACUGCUUACAAUAUAGUUAAUAUUUGAAGCUGCAGUUCCCAGAAUAAGUGGACUAAUAACAACAUUUUAUUUUAUUUUGAUAUCUACAAAGGAAAAUACUUUAUUAAAUUACUGUGUGUUGUGCUGCUCUCAUUACAAAAUCACUCGUCUGUUUGCUAUAUGCCACUUACUGACAAGACUUUUACACGGUACUUGAUGCCAGCUCUUUAUGCCUAUGGGACCUGUUUAUCUUGGGUAUUAAUGCUUAUUAACCUACUUAAUAAAUUUCCACAUUGACUUUUUGGGGAUUAUACUACCACAUGUGAAAUGGAAACAUAAUGGCUCGGUGCUUUUGUAAAGUGCAGUAAAUAGUGGUAUUACUUUAACUCAAUAGAUAAUCUGUUAUCUCAGCAUAAGAUGGUAAUUUGUGACAAAAGUAUCCCAUUAGAUAUAUUUUUUUGAAAUUGUGUUGGAAAUUUGGGGAAAUUAUCAAAUAUAAAGAAGUUGCAUGGAUGUUAUGGAGAGAUGUGACUAUUUGUGUUAACUUUUGCAUUUCAUACCAGGUAGUGGUAACUAACAUUACUUCUGCUAAAAGUAUUGUUUGUAUAAUGAGUUAUCUUUUUAUUUAUGAAAAUAAAAAAUUUUGCUUACAAUUUCAUUGGGAUUUUUGUUCUUUGAUAAAUAUUUGUGUACUUGCUUAGCCAGAAACAGGGUUACUACAGUGCAAAAAAAACUUUAAUUCUUCUCAGAAAUGUAAAAUGAUAAAUAUAUUUGCAUCAGUUAUUUUAUGCUUCAGAAGUUAACUAAAUAUUCAGUAUUACUUGACCUAUCCGGUUUCUGCAUAUGUUUACUAGUACCUAUCUCUUAAUCUCAAAGAAGAGUUUCAAUUGCACUGUUUAUGUCUGAUGCAUAAUUACCUGGCAUGAUACAGUAUGUGUGUACUGUGGUAAGCUAGGCUAGAGAGCUUGUCGUUAUUGCUGAAGAAUAAUCUAGAAAAUUUUGUAUGUUGUAUACUGAGGUGACAUUUUCAAUGCUAUGUAAGUGUACACAAAAAUAAAAACAUAUUCAGAAAUAUUUGUUUUACAAAGUAACAUGCUUUAGAAAAUACUGCAUUUUUUAACCUCAACAUGUAUGAAAUAAAUUUGGAAUGUCGCUUUGGUUUAUCAUAA